UUCCCUAAUCCAUCCGUUAAUUAAUUGUUUAUCUUCUAAUUAUUACGCCUGGCCAUAAAGCUCUCCAUCCGAUCCCCCUUUCCUCUUUCUUCCAUUCCUUGCGACCUCGCGCUUGGAGAAGCAUCUGAUCCGUGUUAAUCUCUUCCCCAAGGUUGUCGCCCAUGGCUUCCAAGCGGAUCCUCAAGGAGCUCAAGGAUCUGCAGAAGGAUCCUCCAACGUCUUGCAGCGCCGGUCCUGUAGCAGAGGAUAUGUUCCACUGGCAGGCAACAAUAAUGGGUCCACCAGACAGUCCUUAUGCUGGGGGAGUUUUUCUGGUUACCAUCCACUUCCCACCAGAUUAUCCAUUUAAGCCACCAAAGGUAGCAUUCAGGACAAAGGUUUUCCAUCCAAAUAUUAACAGCAAUGGGAGUAUUUGUCUUGACAUCUUAAAGGAGCAAUGGAGCCCUGCAUUAACCAUCUCCAAGGUCUUGCUUUCAAUUUGCUCAUUGCUGACCGACCCAAACCCAGACGAUCCCCUGGUUCCCGAAAUCGCUCACAUGUACAAGACUGACAGGACCAAGUACGAGACAACGGCAAGGAGCUGGACCCAGAAAUACGCCAUGGGCUAAACCCUAAUCCUUUGGGGAUGUUCAAUGGCUCUCCCUGUACUAUCUAAGAAUUAAAUGGUUGUUCUGUAUUGUCUCCCUGAAAAGCCAGAAAAAGAACUCAUUGGCUUUCUAUGGAUUGUCAAGAAACAAAGACUAAUACAUUGUUUGCGUGGGUGAUUCCUGUUUGGGUUAUAAUACCUUUUCUCCUUUC